GGAGAGCCACAGGGAGUCCGCGCGCAAUCGAGCGCCGAUGGCACGGAUGCGAGGCGGGGAAGGCCGAGCCGAAGGGCAGAGCCGCGCCGGCGGCCCGAGGGGACCGCGCUGGGAGGGGCUGCCGCGCAGCGCGGGGGGACUGGGCGCGGGGCGGGCCCCGGGUAGUGGGUGAGAGGGCCGGCCUGGACCCGGCGGGCGCACGGCUCCGAGCCCAGCGCGGCCGAGCCGGUCUGCAGAGGGGCCCCCAGAACUUUGUGUGUGUGUGUGCACGCGCGCGCGUGUGUGCCCAGGUGCGAGGGUGCGCGCGUGUGCUGGCGGGGAGGGAACCGACCCGAAAGAGAGCCCUAGGCUGGCAAAGUUACUCGCCCAUCUCACAGCCGGUUGGCGCUCGCGGAGGUAGGAGUGGAAUGAAUGAAUGAAGGAGUGGGCGCGCGCCGUGCUCCGGAGGAGGGCGGGUGAGUGGAGGAGCUUCGGAAAGCCGCACGAGGUCAGAGGCACCGAAGCCCUGCCGUGCACGCCGCGGAAAUGCAGCCCCCGGGGUGGUCGCUGGGUUCCUGCCGGAGUCUGGCUUCCACGCCACCCUGAUCUCCUCCUCGCGUCUACACUGUCCCGAGGGCGGCCACUCCAUCACUUGAAUGGGAGCUCACAACUGUCUGGGUCCUCGCUUUUCUCAGCGCUCUCUCCUAUCAGGGCUUCCGCUAAACACUCUCCAAACUCUCCCCAGCCGGGAGCCUCUCCAGGUUUGCUUCUCCAGCUGCCUCCCGGAUGCUUGGAUAGGAUGCCCUGCCAUCCCCUCCAACUUAGGAAGACUUGUUGAGUCUCCUCUUAGGCACUGUUUUUAAAACUGUGGGUCGUGACACAGUAAUAGAUCAUAAAAUAAAUGCAGCGGAAGGCAACCAGCUUUCAAAAAGAACGAAAUGGAAUCCAAUAGAAAAUAUUAGAGUCCAUUGCCCUUAGUAAGGGCAACUAUUGUUUCAUAAACCUUUUGUUUCGAUUAUAGGUACUGGACAAGUGUACUGGACCAUGAUGUCAAUUUUAUUUCCGUCUGUGAAUCGUGGGUUUAAAAAAGUUGAAAAGCUAUCUGUGUAAAAUAAUGAUCUCUAACACUGUAUAACUUUCUUAAAAACAACCUCGUGAUUUUCUCACUACUUCUUAUCCUUUCCGGUCUCCAUCCUCCAUUCCCAUCCUUCAAUCCCUCCCAAAAAAGGCAAGCUCUUUCACACUUUUUUAGUGGAACAUCACGACACCUUCCUCUGUGUGAUCUUGUACUCUGCGGUCUUCCUUGCCCCCAUAAUCAAUGCUACACUUCCUAUCCCUUCUCUUAACCUAAUGCCAUUCACGUUUGCAGAAUCCUAGACUACUGUUGCUAAAAGGACCUCAGAGGUCAUCUGGGCCAGCCCUGCCCUUUUAGAGUUGAAGAAAUGGAGUCCAGAAAAGUAAAAUCUGUUGCCCAAUGUCACACAGUAUUGAAGGUUAGGAAUAGGUCUCGUGGCUCCCACUCUAGUGUUUUUUGCUCCACACCGGUCAUUUAUCUCCUUCCCUUCUAUCCUCCCUGCAAUCUUUAACUUUAGUCUUGGCCCAGGUCAUCCUAAAUAUUGCCAUCUUCAUAAUGCGUGGUUCUGGCCAUGCCACGCUCCUGGCUAACAUCCUCUAAGGACUCAACCUCUGCAGGUGGGGCUGAGUGCCUUGGCUUUUCAUCAAGGCAGGCGAGUCCUGACUUAGCUUUCUAAGGACAUGAGUUCAGCAAGUCACUGCUUCUCUAGCCAAACUGGUUUACUUGUAGCCCACUGCCAGCUUCACCCAUCUCUGUCACUGUGCCUUUGCCCAAGCUGUCACUUUCCCACCCACUUUCCCAGAGGGGUGCCUUCUCCAUCUUCUCUCUUUAACCAGAUUCUACCUGUGCCUGGCUCACCUCCUCCACAAAACAGCCCGAGAUAGCGUGGGAGUAAGUCAGACCUAGGUUCAAAUCCUAGCUCUUCCACUUAACUAUGUGAUCUUGGUCAAAUUGCUUAACCUCUCUGAGCCUCAGUGUCUGUAUUUUGAUUAUGAGAAGGAGAACAAUAGUAAUGUUCUCCUUUUGCAUCUGUAAAUCUCUAUCAUAGCCUUCACCACACAGGUAUGUAACUCCCUGUUACAUACAUACCCUACAUGCAUGUCUCUCUGCCCCUUUCUAGUGCUGGCCAUUAGAACUUGCUGCCAUAAUGGCAGUGUAGCUACUUAUGUCUGUGGAGCACAUGAAAUGUGGCUAGUAUGACUGAGGAACUGAAUUUUUAAUUUUAAUAACCGUGGGUGGUUAGUGGCUACCAUUUUGGACAAGGUGUCUCUAGACUGUAAGCUCAGUAAGGACAGAAACCAUGUUUUUCUUGCUUUGGAUUGUAUGUCCAAUAACUGUGCAUUGCCUAACGCAUGGUGAGUACUGCACACAUAUUUGUUGAAUGGAUGAUAGCUGCAAUUUGUUGCAUGCUCCCUUGUGUCCAGCACAACACUAAAAACUCGGUAAGAGGCAUUUCAUAUAGUCCUCAUCACAGCCUCUGAGGCUGGGUUAGAUUAGAGAGAGAGUUUUGUAUAGAGGGCAGACACAUAGUAGGGGUUCAAUAAAAGUUAUUAUUAUUCUAACUCCUCCCUCUGACCAACCCCACUGACUUUUGUCUCAUCUUUCCUUAGGCUCACAGAACAUUUCCUGCCUAUUGCUCACACUCUGUUGUCCACAGCAUACCCGCACCCUAGAUGGCUGACUCUUGUCUUCUGUCUCUUUAUUUUCCAUGUGUGAGCCUGUGGUUUAUCUCUGGAGGAUGUGCCUGAGGGAGGAGACAUAUACUGCCUGGACUGCCUGGCUGAUGUGAGCUAGUUUGUCUGGUUGAGUUGGAUGUUUAAAUAGAAGGCAGAACAACAAUAGAGCACGGUUCCCAUAAGGGCAGCGAGAUCAGCCUCCUGUCUCAUCUGGAAGACCACCACUCUGGGGUCUCAGAGGAAGAUGGAAGCCUUGGGGUUUCUAAAAUUGGAAGUGAAUGGCCCCAUGGUGACGGUGGCCCUGUCAGUGGCUCUCUUGGCCCUCCUGAAAUGGUACUCCACAUCAGCAUUCUCAAGACUGGAGAAGUUAGGCCUCAGACAUCCCAAGCCUUCUCCUUUUAUUGGAAACUUGACAUUUUUCCACCAGGGUUUUUGGGAAAGCCAAAUGGAGCUCAGAAAGCUGUAUGGACCUCUGUGUGGGUACUAUCUUGGUCGUCGGAUGUUUAUUGUUAUUUCUGAGCCAGACAUGAUCAAGCAGGUGUUGGUGGAGAACUUCAGUAACUUUACCAACAGAAUGGCGUCGGGUUUGGAGUUCAAGUCGGUAGCCGACAGCGUUCUGUUUUUACGUGACAAAAGAUGGGAAGAGGUCAGAGGUGCCCUGAUGUCUGCUUUCAGUCCUGAAAAGCUGAACGAGAUGGUUCCCCUCAUCAGCCAAGCCUGCGACCUUCUCCUGGCUCAUUUAAAACGCUAUGCGGAAUCUGGGGACGCAUUUGACAUCCAGAGGUGCUACUGCAAUUACACCACAGAUGUGGUUGCCAGCGUCGCCUUUGGCACCCCGGUGGACUCCUGGCAGGCCCCUGAGGAUCCCUUUGUGAAACACUGCAAGCGUUUCUUCGAAUUCUGCAUCCCCAGACCUAUCCUGGUUUUACUCUUAUCAUUUCCAUCCAUAAUGGUCCCACUGGCCCGGAUUUUGCCCAAUAAGAACCGAGAUGAACUGAAUGGCUUUUUUAACAAACUCAUUAGGAAUGUGAUUGCCUUGCGGGACCAGCAAGCUGCCGAAGAGAGGCGGAGAGACUUCCUCCAAAUGGUCCUGGAUGCCCGACAUUCUGCAAGUCCCAUGGGCGUGCAAGACUUUGACAUCGUCAGAGACGUUUUCUCCUCUACUGGGUGCAAGAUGAACCCUUCCCAGCAACACCAGCCCAGCCCCAUGGCCAGGCCUUUGACUGUGGAUGAGAUUGUGGGCCAGGCCUUCAUCUUCCUCAUCGCUGGCUACGAAAUCGUCACCAACACACUUUCUUUUGCCACCUACCUACUGGCCACCAACCCUGACUGCCAAGAGAAGCUUCUGAGAGAGGUGGACGUUUUUAAGGAGAAACACAUGGCCCCUGAGUUCUGCAGCCUCGAGGAAGGCCUGCCCUAUCUGGACAUGGUGAUUGCAGAGACGCUGAGGAUGUACCCGCCAGCUUUCAGAUUCACACGGGAGGCAGCUCAGGACUGCGAGGUGCUGGGGCAGCGCAUCCCCGCAGGCACUGUGCUAGAGAUGGCCGUGGGUGCCCUGCACCAUGACCCUGAGCACUGGCCAAGCCCAGAGACCUUCAACCCUGAAAGGUUCACGGCUGAGGCCCGGCAGCAGCACCGGCCCUUCACGUACCUGCCCUUCGGGGCCGGCCCACGGAGCUGCCUCGGGGUGCGUCUAGGGCUGCUGGAGGUCAAGUUGACACUGCUCCACGUGCUGCACAAGUUCCAGUUCCAAGCCUGCCCUGAGACCCAGGUACCGCUGCAGCUAGAAUCCAAAUCUGCCCUAGGUCCAAAAAAUGGUGUCUAUAUCAAGAUUGUAUCCCGCUGACACAGAAGGCUGCCGGUGGGGGGAGGGCACCCCCAAAUUCAAAGAAAACCCUAAGUGUGGAUGUUCAGAAUUUUGGAAAAAUGUCACUGAAGUGAUUGAAAGAGUGCCUGGCAUGCAAGGAUAAGAGGUUCUUUACAUAACAUUUCCUAAAUGCUUAAUAAACGUUUGUUGCACUUGG